AUAUAUAUAUAUAUAAAGAAAUAAGAUUUCUUUGAAUGGACUAUCUAUUAUUGUACAGUCUAUGACUCUGUCGGUAAAGCAGAAGUUCACUUAACAAGAUCCACAGAUGGCGCUGUCACCUCCAUUGCCGGACUGUGUCGGUAAAACAGGACUUGUUCAUUAAAGAUGGCGGAAAGUGUUGUGGUUAUGUUAUGAAGCCAGAGAUAAAUCUAAAUUAUUACUUUGUAUCGUGACGUGGGAAUCGGCAUGCCAAUUAAUAGACUUUAAAUGUCGUUUCUUUGUUUACAGAGCAACACAAUACGUUUAUUUUGGUUGAUUCCUAAUAAGUCCUGAGAAUUGUCUUAUAAAACGACAUUUCUAGUAAAAAAAGAAGAUGGAAAAAUUAAGAUUUACGUUCGCAAUAUUAGCGACGGGCCCGGAAGGAAAAACAAAUACAAUGUGCAUAACCUCAAUCGAGGUACCUGAUGGUCGUGUUUUUGAAGUUCCGGACGAUCUGAAACCUGCCAGUAAACACACGGGUAUAACUACUACGGAAGUAUUUACGAAAGUCAAAAAUUCUCUGAAAAAAAGACAUCAAACACGAAAAUUAUGGAUCCCAUUAACUGAAGGGUUGAGAAAAAUCUACUUGGACGAAGGUGAAAAUGUACAGUUCGGUGACCAAUAUCUAGACGAAAUUAUAAGUGAAACAACACAAUCAACUAAUAAUAGUAAUAACACAGAACCUGUAAGUAAAAAUUUGGGGAAAAUAGCUGAACGGUUUUUACUGGAGAAAUUUUCAGGGAAAACGACAAACGUUGAGCAGUGGAUCAAGGAAUUUGAGAGUGAAUGUAAAAGAUUUGAAAUGGUACAGGAUACAAAAAAAAUUGAAAUGUUAAAACAUUUAAUGGAUAAACAAUGCUUAGAUUGGUACAACAGCAUGGUAAUAAAAUUUACCAUAGAUUCAGACUGGAUGAUUUGGAAAAAUAAUCUAUGUGAGUCAUAUGGAAAUAAAGGCUGGUCUCAGAUUAAAUAUGCAUUUACAUUUAAAUACCAAGCGGGCUCAUUAAUAGAAUAUGCCACAAAGAAGGAAAGGCUACUACUAGAAGUAAAUAAACAGACUGACUCGCAGACAAUGAUUCAUCUCAUCGUAAUGGGUCUACCAGAUUUCAUAAUGGACAAGAUCGAUAAGGGAAAAAUAACAUCCACCACAAGUCUUUACAAUGAACUUGGGAAAUAUGAGCAUAUAAUAAAUAAAAAGACUUACAAUAAAACAAAAAGAAACACCUUUGACGCUAAAGGUGCAGCCGAUAAGAUCAAACCCUGCAAAAUCUGUGAGAAAUUAAACAAAGGUACCCGUUUCCACCCUGAGGAAAAAUGCUGGUUUAAGCAGACAGGGGAUCGUGACAACAAGAAAAAUUACAAGAAUGUGAACAAUGUUGUGCUAGAUGUUGAAUUGAGUGAUGAUGACCAAAAAAACGAGUAAUUACACCAUUGAUUAAAGUCAAACUAAUAUUAAACGAAAAAUUGGAAGUAUUGGGUAUAUAUGAUCCAGGCUCUAAUGUAUCCCUAGUUAAUUCCAAAUUAUUAAAGCUAAAGAAAUCAGA